GAUAGUCUUGAGGCGUCUUUUGUUGCGCACGCGCGUAUUUUUAGUAAAAUUUGUGUGAACUGUGAGGGUGUUGACCGAUUUGUGUUAUAUUCACCAAAAGCAACAACGUAUUCCAGAAAUAAUUAAAUAUUUAAUUAAUUUAACAUCACAUGGAAGUUUGAAACCAUAAAUUAAUUGCUGAUUACGCAUAGGAGACCGUCUUAUUAUCCACACUUAUCGGGAUGUGAUCAAGAUGGACCAAGAAUUAGUCCCUUUAGAAGCUGGGGUGCCAAGACCUAGACCAUCUCGACAAACAAGCGUUCCUAAUAGAUCCUGUUACAAAGGUCCCAUAAGAUUAUGCAGGCUGCUUAUUUUGAUGAUUGUCCUCCCAUCUAUAUGUAUCUUCACUCCACUAUAUAUGAAAUAUCGUGUUUUCUCCGGCCAAAUGUAUCCUAUGAGCAUGACAGAUAUGCGGCUCAUUGAUGGCAAGAUAUCACCUACUUGGUGCCAGACACAGGUAGUAAAAUCGAAUGCAACAUUCAACGCGUUCGUAGUCCCAGAUCUCCCAGAGUUGACUGAAGACUUAGUUCCUGUCUCAAUGACACGACAACUUGAACUGGAGGAUGAUAUGAAAGAGUACUGGGGCUUUUACCUGCUGAAGGGAUCUACUGUGACUGUAUCAGCCUGUUGCAGAUGGCCAGGUGCAUCACUAAUAAUGAUAAAAGGCUACAAACACCUGCAGGAGUGCGCGUACAUUGGUGACGAUUCGUCUGAAGAACUGGACGAACUACUAGAAGCACACCAGCUGGGACUCAUGAACAACGCCACGCUCUGGGAAAAGAUUAUGCAGCUGAAAAAAGAAGACGGAAAAGCUAAUGAUCCUGAAGCAAUGAAGCGCCACAAGGCUGGUGUGAGUUUUCACGAUCCCUCUCACGUCAGUAACGUUACAUCAUCUGCAGGGGUCCCAGACAUCGAUGUUACUGACCACGAUCCUAAAGAAUUACGAGCAAUACUCGAGCACCUACAUGCACUACGUCAGGCGGCAAAGAACGAAGCCCUAAAAGACUAUCAUCCACCAUCACACCUUAUUUCUCUUCCUAGUUUACAUCGCCACAGAGACACCAAUGUAGAUAAGGAUGAAAGACAAUGGAUCUCUUUUAAAGAUAUUGAUGGGAACUCUAGUAUCUCAGCGACACAAAAGACUGAAUUAGAUAGUAGUAUUAUGAACAGUUCACACGUUAAUAUUAAUCUAAAUAGCACCACAGAUUAUAGUAUUAUAAAUAAUACAACUCAAAUAAAAAAUGAUAGCAUAGAUACCGAAUCUAUGAAAGUUAAUAAUUCUAAAAAAAUAUUAAAUGAUAUUGAUAAAAUGAACGAUAAACAAAAAGAAUCCGAGAAUGACGCAGAGAGUUCGAAAGAAGUGUUCCUCGAUGUUCUAAAUCGUCUUCAAGCGCUUGGAGAUAGGGGAAAGAGAGUUCUUGUGAGGCUGCACGAAAGUAUGGGAGUAGGAUAUAAAGAGAAGGAUAUCCCAGACGUGACUCGAGUGAUGUCAGCGGUCAGAGGUAGUGACGAAGAACUAGAACGUCUCCGGAAGGUUCUCGUAGAAGCCAUUGAUGAGGAGAAGACCAGACCGCAAAGACAGGAAAAACGUCGUGUCGCUCGUGAAGAUGCAAGAACUAAACGCCAGCUGAUGCUGGGCCAUAUAGAACUUACCCAGCAGCUCAAUGCAGACGAUGAAGCUAGGGACUAUGCUGCUGAGGAGGGUUUGUCUCCAGAUGGCUACGCAGAGCAUCAUCAGACAGUGAACGAAACGACUCCUUUUGACAUGUCCAAUUCCGAAUUUUGGUCCUCAUUCUCCAGUAGUGAAGAAGCUUUGUUGGAAUGUGAAGGACUUAUUCUUAAUCUUCCACUAACACCUCAUCGUGAGUGCCAUGAUGGAGCUGACACGUUGGUUGCAGCUAGGGCCAAUGCGCUGACUUACAGAGUCCCAGCAAACGGCUAUUACUUCUUCGUGUUUAAUUCAGAGAAUGAAGUACAAAAAAACUUCAUCAAAGCUCGCUUCGACCUUCAGAAGACCAGAUAUGAUGUCGCCAGGACUACGCUUAGGGAAUGCAGGAAUAAGACUGAUAGAUGUGAUCUUCCACUUGAUAUAUUUUCCUCACAAAAGGUAGUCCUUGAGCUGCCCCUUCGAAACAAUGACUCUCUUUGGAACGAACAAUUCGUGAUAAUAUCGGAAUGUGAACCCCGGACUUCGGUCUACAUUGUGUGCGUACUUGCUGUACCUGUGCUUAUUAUGAUAUUUGCAUUUCAAUGAUAUAUAGAAGAGCAUCAUACUGAAUAUUUUCUCCAAGAACCCAACUUUGGAGUUGGUUUUAACUAUCUAUGAUCGAGAAUACAUGAAGAGGAGUACAAUAAGGUACAAAAUUAAACCAGAAUUCAAAAUAUUUUUACUUCCGUUGAAUUGAUGUUAACACUUUUAACUUGAAAUGUUUUUUUACGAUAUCGAAAAUGUUAAGAAAUAUGAAUCAAGACGUUGUUAUUGUUUAGUUUUAUAAAAAAUAAGAAAUAAUUAUAAUCUAUUUGUAGUUCUGUAAACUUAAAUAAUAUAUGUCUACCCCGUGGCUUAAUACAGGAUUUUUUCGAGUAGUGUAAAUUAUACUCCAUGUGCGUAGACCACGGAGGCGAUAACUUGGGAUUUAUUUUAUAUUGUCAAUUGUUAGUACUGUGUUCGUUCCAUAUUAGUUUUAAUUAUAUGUAUUAAAGUAUUGUAUUACUAUAUUUCUCGCAAUAAAGGUUAGUGAGGCUAGGAUUUUUAGUAGAAUAGUAAAAUAAUGUAAUUGGUUAUAAUUUUUGAUGAUUCAAAAAAGGACAGACAGGUACAAGAAAAGGAUUAAUUAUUGUUCUAUAUAAAAAAAACUAGUGGCGCUAUAACAUUGUUAGGUCUAGAUCCAGAUUUCCGUAUCUGUUUCAUAGUAAUUUGUCAAUGUAACAGGCAAGUAGGUGAUCAGCCUCAUGUGUCUGACACACGCCACACGUUUUCUUACGGAGAUUGCCUUUACCGUUAGAGCGAAUGUUAAAUGUGCACAUAGAAAGAAAGUCAAUUGGUUGCACAGCCGGGAAACGAACCUACGACCUCUAGGAUAAGAGUCGCACGCUGAAGCCACUAGGCCAACACUGUUCUAUUAUAUACUGUGUAAAAUUUCCUUUAGUUUAACUAGUAACCAAUUGUAUAAAUAUGUUAACUCUAAAUGCAACUUCUGAGUAUUGCUGUUCAUACUGCUUAAUAUAAUAAUUGUUAAUACUGUAUAUUAUUAUUUUGUGCAUUAUCAAAACAGUGUAAAAAAUAGGUAAUAAAUAAUUUACCGGCGUUUGUUUCAUAGAAAAUCUUUUAUACACUGAGGCUACUAUUGUGAUAUUAAUUCUAAGUCCAUUAUGUAUUAAAUAUUAAAUAUUAAUAGCAUAAUAUAUUAUAAUACUUAGCGUGUAGGUUGGCUCCCGGUAGACAGUACCGGUGACACUAGAGCUGAUGCUUUCCUCGCUCAACGAAUUUGUUAAAUCUGUUUUAAUUUUCUUUUUAUAAAUUUUUAUUAUUUUUAUUAUUACA